GCCUUAUCAAUGUCUGGAUUAUUCUGCUGGAAGAAUUAACAACUGCCAUAUCCAACUGUCCCCGCCAGCACCAGCCUCCUACUUUGGAUCUGCUCUUUGAAUUGCUGAGGGACGUUGCCAAGAUACCUGGCCCAGGAUUUGGCAUUUACGCAGUUGUACAUCUUCUUCUUCCCACGAUGUCUCUUUGGCUCCAUCGCAGCCAUGGUGACCAUUCUUACUGGGAUGUGGCAUCUGCUAAUUUCAAGCAUGCCAUUGGCCUUUCCUGUGAACUCGUAGUGGAGCACAUUCAAAAUUUCAUACACUCAGAUAUUGGUUAUGAAAAUAUGAUCAAUACUAUGCUGAAAGACCUUUUCAAGUUGCUGGUAGCCUGUGUAGCAGAACCAACAGAAAUUAUUUCCAGAGUUGGCUGCUCUUGUAUCAGGUAUGUGUUAGUGACAGCAGGGCCUGUUUUUACUGAAGAGAUGUGGAGGCUUGCGUGUUGUGCCUUGCAGGAUGCGUUCUCUGCCACUCUGGAGCCAGUAAAGAACCUGUUGGGCUAUUUCCACAGUGGUUCCGAAAGCUUUAGUGGAGAUGCCUGUGAAGUGAAGGUGGCAGCCCCCUCCCUCUCGCCAAGUGCUGAAGCUGAAUACUGGAGAAUCAGAGCCAUGGCACAACAGGUCUUCAUGCUGGAGACUCAGUGCUCCCCAAAGACCCCAAGCAACAAGGAAGGGUUUGAACAUGCCCAGUCGUGUGUGCUCAUCAUUGACCUGCCAACAGAUAAGAAACCAAAUGGGCAUACCCAGAGAAGGAAGCUGGGUAUUCCUUUCAGGACGAUAGUGGUGAGCUUGCUGUCCCACCAAGUACUGCUCCAGAAUUUAUAUGACAUCUUACUGGAAGAAUUUGUGAAAGGCCCUUCUAACUUGGAGGAAAAAAUGACAAUACAAGUACCAGAAAACAAGUUGGCUGGUUUUCUCAGGUACAUCUCCAUGCAAAACCUGGCUGUCAUCUUUGACUUACUGCUGGACUCCUAUAGAACAGCCAGGGAGUUUGAUACCAGACCUGGCUUGAAGUGUUUGCUGAAAAAAGUGUCUGGCAUUAGUGGAGCUGCCAACUUGUAUCGCCAGUCAGCAAUGAGCUUCAACAUCUACUUCCAUGCCUUGGUUUGUGCAAUCCUGACAAACCAGGAGAACAUCACUGCAGAGCAAGUGAAGAAGAUCCUCUUUGAAGAUGAUGAGAGAAGCACAGACUCGUCACAGCAGUGUUCUUCGGAAGAUGAAGACAUUUUUGAAGAAACUGCCCAGGUCAGCCCCCCACGAGGGAAGGAGAAGAGACAGUGGAGGGCUCGAAUACCAUCUCUCAGUGUACAGCCUGUCAGCAAUGCAGACUGGGGAUGGCUAAUCAAGCGGCUUCAUAAGCUCUGUAUGGAACUGUGCAACAACUAUAUUCAGAUGCAUCUGGACCUGGAGAAUAAUGUAGAGGAGCCUCCAGUGUUCAAAGGUGACCCUUUCUUCAUUUUACCAUCCUUUCACUCAGAAACCUCUACCCCAUCAACCGGAGGGCAAUCUGGGAAGGACACACCAUCGGAAGAUGACCGGAGUCAAAUCAGGGACCAACUGGGAGACAGCCUGACACCACGAGGAGGGAGUGGAGAAAUGUUGCUGCUACCCCCACCCCUAAGUCCUAAACCAGAGAAAAAAGAGCAAACCAGGAAAAAAGAAUGGUGGGAGAGUGCUGGCAACAAGAUCUACACCAUAGCCACUGACAAAACUAUCUCCAAGCUCAUGACAGAAUACAAGAAAAGAAAGCAGCAACAGGCCAUGGCAUCCUUCACUAAAGAGGUCAAAGUGGAAAAGAAAGGGGAGCUCCUGGGUUCAAGAGGGCCAGACUCACCCAUACUCCAGCGGCCACAACAUCUUAUAGAUCAAGGUCAAAUGAGGCAUUCAUUCAGUGCUGGUCCAGAGAUCCUGAGACAAGAGAAGAGACCACGCUCAGGAUCCACAGUCAGUUCCCUGAAUAUAUCCGUUAGGGAUGCUGAGGCCCAGAUACAGGCAUGGACCAACAUGGUGCUGACAGUUCUCAACCAGAUUCAGGCCCUGCCAGACCAAACUUUCACAGCCCUGCAGCCCGCGGUGUUCCCUUGUAUCAGCCAGCUGACUUGCCACGUGACAGAUAUCCGUGUCCGCCAGGCAGUACGGGAAUGGCUGGGAAGAGUGGGCCGAGUUUACGAUAUCAUCGUUUAA